UGCUUGGAAUAAGCCCAGAACUUUUCAAACGUCGCAAUUUAUAUAGUCGUAUUUUUAAAAAUUUCUGUGGAAGGAUUAAUGGAAUUUUGCUCUGAAAAUGGGAGAAUUAGCGUUAAAUUGGAUAGAUUACUUGGUAAUAGUAAUUGCUCUCAGCUUACUAAUUUAUUUUAGUUAUAGAUAUGCCGCACAAUUGUCAAAAUUACAAACGAGUGUAUUGAGUGAAAGAUUAGAACAAAAUACUCGGCAAAAUGAAAACCGCAUUCGUUGCCAACCUAUCAACACCCCACAUACACCUACAUUUUACACUGUUGCCGCUGUUGUUAUGAGUACAAAUCCAAGCAGUUCAACAAGAAACACAGAAAAUACGGAGAAUGUUCAAGAACUACCACCAUCGUACGAUGAAGCUAUAUUUUACCCCAUAUCUAAAGCAAUGGUGACAGUGCGCAACGAAACGGAACCAGCUUAAAACACUUUUGGAGACACAUUUAGAAACUACACCAGCAUAUGUAAAUAUGGACUCAAUAACCAAAGUUUAUCAACAUGAAAUUUGUUACAAUUUAUCAUUUUUAAUUGAGGUUAAUGAUCAAUUCGAUUUGAUUCUAUAGUUUUGAUUAUAAAUAUUGAAAUAAGAUUAUGAUAUAAUUCGU